CGACGCCAAAAAAAUGAAAGGGAGAAUCACAUAAGUCCAAAAAAGUUUUCGUGGCUUCUCAAGAACCCUAAUUUAACUCCUUCUCAUUUCUCCAGUUCUUAGUCAGAAACCUAAGUCCUAUGAUCAUAGGUCUUUUCUGUUCUUUGUCAAAUUCUUGUCCUCCUUUCAAUUGGAAGGGAAAAUUGUUUUAAUUCGUAGCAAAGCAUUUUUGAAGAGGUAACGAGAUACAUGUUGUGAAUGGCAACAGCAGAAGCAGCUUCAGCUACUCUUGGUCCAAGGUAUGCUCCUGAUGAUCCCAGUCUUCCAAAACCUUGGAAGGGACUGAUUGAUGGGAGUACGGGGCUUUUGUAUUAUUGGAAUCCUGAAACAAAUGUGACCCAGUAUGAAAGACCUGCCAGUUUGUCUGCACCAUCGCCAGCUGUUUCUACACCUAAGUUAUCUCCUCUACCUGUAGGCCAUUUGGUUCAAUCAAAUGGAGGGGUGGCUGAGCUUGGACAACAGCAAGCUUCCCAACAGCAUGGGCAACAAUUGAGCCAGUUACCUGCGCAACAUGGACAAGUAAUGGGACAGCAGCAGAGUUCAACACUAGUGCCAGUAUCUGACCAGCAGGGCUUCCACCAACAGGGUUCACAAAUGGGACAUGCCAUGCAGCAGCCAGGACAGUAUGCACCACAGCAAAUAAAACCACAAAUGAUGCAUCAUCAUGUGCAGCAAACGAUGUCAGUUAUGGGGCAAUCCAUGCCACAACAGCCAGGUCAGCAUGUCCUACAGCGGCAGGGCCAACACAUGCCACAGCAACCAGGUCUGAUGAUGCAACCACAGGUCUCCUAUCAAAUGCCUCAGAAGCUAGGGAUGCAAGCAGUGCAACAUCAGAAUCCUCAAAUGGCACAACCACUAGGACAUCAAUAUGCACAUGAACAGGUGCACUUUAUGCCAUAUCCACAAAGCAUACCCCCACAAUCACAACAAACUCCACAGCAAACUCAGCUGGGUGGCCAAAGUCAGCAGCACCCAAAUCAGCAAGAGUUGAAGGCAGCAUUACCAAAAAGGGAGGAAGUUGAUUUUCAGCAACAGCAAGGAAACAAAACUGGGUUUUCUCCUUCUCAGUUUCAGCAGCCUCAGUUUCAACAGCCUGCUUCAUCUUCUCAGGACCUUGCUAGCGGAAAAAACUCAGCUCAGAUGCCACAGACAGGUGCACAUCCAGGUCAUUCUCAGCAAUUUGCUGGCUCAUCUAUCAAUAUACAGCAACCCACUGCUGUGGUGCAUACACAGCAAACUGGUGCGGGAUUUCUUCAGCAGCAUGGUCCUAGGUUUCACAAUCAGAUGGACUCAGCAAUUAUGCCCAAACAGCAGUCUGAUAUGCCUCCCUCAGGGUUCAACACAGGUUAUGAAGAAGGUUUACAUGGCAGAGCCAGAAAUGAUAACUAUAAUAAUAAUUCUACACAAGGAACUGUGAUGGGCCCACAGCAGCCUACGCUUGCAUCUAUUCCCAUGAUGAGAAAUCAACAGGAGAUGAGGAUGGGUGUGGUUCCUCCUCAAACUAACAUGCCUACUCAUAUUGGUGGGUUGAAUGCUGCAGCAGGGCAUGGCCUACAUAACAUGUAUGGUCACGGACCUCAUGCUGGCCCACCAUAUCCAAAUAAUGCUCCAAUCCGGCCUUCUUUUGGUGGACCUUUGGAUGCUAAAGAUCUCUCACCUGCCGAGGCGUAUCGUAAACAGCAUGAAGUCACAGCAAAGGUCUGUACAAGUGUUUCAAAGAAACCAAAUGCACUAACAGUCCUGUUCAUGUUGGUUGAAUUGUUGGUUAUUGAUGGUUGGAUUAGGAAUGCCGGAGUCGUUUCAUUGCGUUUGUUUGCAUCAUUCACCACCUUUGAGAAAGAAAUGGGAGACAACGUUCCAGCACCAUUCAUGACAUUUGAAGCUACUGGUUUUCCCCCUGAGAUACUGAGAGAUAUUCAUUAUGCUGGGUUUUCAUGUCCCACCCCCAUACAAGCACAAACAUGGCCAAUUGCACUGCAGGGCAGGGAUAUUGUCGCAAUUGCGAAAACUGGAUCUGGUAAAACGUUGGGAUAUUUGAUUCCUGCUUUCAUUCUUCUUAGGCAACAGCGGAAUAAUCCUCAAAAUGGGCCAACAGUACUGGUUUUGGCUCCAACCCGAGAGCUUGCCACACAAAUACAAGAAGAGGCCUUGAAAUUUGGCCGAUCUUCAAGAGUCUCUUGCACAUGCUUAUAUGGUGGAGCUCCAAAGACAGCUCAAUUAAAAGAGUUAGAUCGUGGAGCAGAUAUUGUAGUGGCAACUCCUGGUCGGCUUAAUGAUAUCCUUGAAAUGGGGAAGAUUGACUUUAGACAGGUCUCACUCCUUGUGCUUGAUGAAGCAGACCGCAUGCUCGAUAUGGGUUUUGAGCCCCAGAUUCGCAAGAUUGUGAAUGUGAUACCUCUUCGUAGACAAACUCUGAUGUACACAGCGACCUGGCCUAAGGAAGUUAGAAAAAUAGCCAGUGAUCUUCUCGUGAAUCCUGUACAGGUUAACAUUGGCAGUGUUGAUGAGCUUGUUGCAAACAAUGCAAUCACACAGUAUGUGGAAGUAGUUCCACAAAUUGAGAAAGAAAGGCGCUUGGAGCAGAUCCUUCGAGCCCAAGAAUGGGGAUCAAAAGUCAUUAUUUUCUGCUCUACAAAGAGAUUAUGUGAUCAGCUUACACGUAAUCUUAGACGUAACUUUGGAGCUGCUGCCAUACAUGGAGACAAGUCUCAGGGUGAAAGAGACUGGGUUUUGAAUCAGUUCCGCUGUGGGAAGUCUCCUAUAUUAGUUGCCACUGAUGUUGCUGCCCGUGGCCUUGACAUCAAAGACAUAAGGGUGGUGAUCAACUAUGAUUUCCCUACUGGGAUUGAGGACUAUGUCCACCGAAUUGGAAGAACUGGGAGAGCUGGUGCAACUGGUGUGGCUUACACGUUUCUCUCUGAUCAGGAUUGCAAGCAUGUCCCUGAUUUAAUCAAAGUUCUGGAGGGAACCAACCAGCAUGUGCCUCCAGCUUUGCGAGAGAUGGCUUUGCGUAGUGGGCCUAGCUUUGGUAGGGAUCGGGGUGGAAUAGGUCGUUUUGAUUCUCAUAAUGGUGGUGGGCGAUGGGAUUCUGGAGGUCGUGGUGGAAUGAGGGACGGUGGUUUUAUUGGCAGUGGUGAAAUAAGGGACAGUGGUUUUGGUGGCCGUGGUGGAAUGAGAGAUGCCACCUUUGGCAGCCGAGGUGGUUUCAGAGACGUUGCCUUCGGUGGCCGUGGUGGCAUGAGAGAUGGUGGUUUUGGCAUUCCUGGAGGUAGAGGCAACUUUUCUGGUCGUGGAAAUAGGGGUCGUGGAUUUGGUGGUCGUGGUGGUUGGGGCAGGAAUGAUAGAGGUCCGCAAGAUUGGCACGGUAAUUUUGGACGGGGGCGAUUAGAUAACAGAAGAGAAGUUACUGGUAAGGGAAGGGCUAGAAGUUACAGCCGCAGUCCUGAAAGGGGUCGUUUAAGGCAUUAUAGCAGAAGUCGAAGUCGAAGUCAUAGUCGCAGUCGAAGCCGGAGCAGGAGCUGGAGCCGGAGCCGGAGCCGUAGCAGGAGCUGGUCUCGUGGUCGCAGUCGCAGUCGCAGUCGCAGUUACAGUCACAGCCCUCACCGCAGCUACAGUCGCAGCCCUCGCCGCAGCUACAGCCGUAGCCGAAGCCAUAGUCGUAGUCGCAGCCAUGACGGAUAUGAGAGGCCACCUGAACAGAACUUUGACCAAAAGGACGUCGUAAAUCCAGAAAUUGGUAUUCCUCCUGAAUCAGGGACGUCUCCCAUGCCCCUUGGCACACAAGGCAAUGCAUUUUCUGGAAUUGACCAUGUGCACCCAUUACAGGUGGUUGGAAGCACUGAGCCAGUGCAUACAGAGGUGGUUGCAGACCCGGUGAACAAGACUUUGCCUGAAUCCUAGAUCAAAUAUAUUGCUGCCUGAUAUCCAAUUUUGUUAUAUCCAAUCAUUAUGGUUCAAUAUUUCAGGAUACUGUUCAAGCUGCCUGGUAAUACAGACCGAGGAAAUUAUGAGCGAUAGAAGGUAAAUGCUGGAUUCCUGCCCUCUUGGGGAGUGUAUUUUUUAGAAUCAACAAUGUUAGGUCUUGGGACGCCAAGAAUUAAGGGCUUUGAAAUUCAAGCCCCACCUUGCUUUAACCAGGUUGGUGAGUGGUAAUGUCUUUAUGUAGGAUGUUUUUGGGCAUUAUUACUACCUCCCUUGAUUCAAUUUCAUGAUGUACUGUGCUAGAGAUUGAAACUACAGAAAACCUCAAUUUGUUUUACUAAACCUUGAACAUAUAGCUAAAUGAAAAACUAUGAAUUCU